AGUUUGACAGCCGAGAUAUUUUGACACGGUGUGAUUUCCACUAGAGUUUUCCCGUUUUCCUCGCUCUACCAUGUCUCUGUCGAGCAUUCUUCCACCGCCGAUCAAUCCCGUGUGGGACCGUGAUGAGGAGAACCACCAGAGUUUGGCCAAGGGGGCGCCCUCGAUAGGCGCUUUAGUGAGUGCAAAGAUCGCAGCUCCGCCCUAUGGCCAGCGCCGUGGCUGGGUGCCACGCACAGAAGCGGACUUCGGCGAUGGGGGCGCAUUCCCGGAGAUCGCUGUGGCACAGUAUCCACUCGGCAUGGGGGCCCCCGAGAACGCAAACAAGAAGUCCAACGCUCUCGCUAUACAAUUGGACGAGACUGGGAAGAUCAAGUACGACGCUAUAGCACGACAGGGUCAUUCCAAGGACAAAAUAGUGUACUCGAAUCUCAGUCAGCUGCUGCCCGCCGAGGUGCUGGCAGAAGAUGCUGAGAUUCUGCAGAAGCCCGACGAGGAAACUCUGGCGGACACCACGGAACAGACCCGCAAAGCUCUGGAAAAGCUCACCAAUGCUAAGAUUGCCGCCGCCAUGCCCGUUCGUCACGCUGAGAAGGCAGCUCCUGCUCAGUACAUCCGGUACACGCCUUCCCAGCAAGGAGAUGCCUUCAAUUCUGGCGCCAAGCAGAGAGUCAUCCGCAUGGUGGAAGCGCAACAAGAUCCCAUGGAGCCGCCCAAGUUCCGCAUCAACAAGAAAAUACCUCGAGGACCGCCUUCGCCGCCAGCUCCAGUUCUUCACUCGCCCUCGCGGAAAGUGACGGUGAAGGAGCAAAAGGAGUGGAAGGUGCCGCCUUGUAUCUCCAACUGGAAGAACUCUAAAGGAUACACCAUUCCGCUGGACAAGCGAUUGGCAGCCGAUGGGCGAGGACUGCAGCAGGUGCAUAUCAAUGAGAAGUUCGCCAAGAUGGCUGAGGCGCUCUACAUUGCGGACAGGAAGGCGCGAGAGUCUGUGGAGGCCAGAGCACAGCUGGAGAAGAAGUUGGCGCAGAAGGAGAAGGAGAAGAAGGAGGACAUGCUGCGUCAGAUGGCCCAGAGAGCCCGUGAUGAGCGUGCUGGCAUUAGAAUGCCCGGAGGAGAGGCAGAUCCAGCGAAUCUGGAGACUCGGGAGCGCGAUGAGUUGCGUGCAGAGAGACAUCGCGAGCGUGCUCGUGAGAGGAAUAUCGCCAGGGCGGCUCCGGACAAGCGAUCGAAGUUGCAGCGGGAGCGCGAGAGGGACAUUUCGGAGCAAAUUGCCCUCGGGAUGCCGGCCAAGACGCACACAGGAGGCGAGACGCAGUUCGAUCAGCGUCUCUUCAACACUUCCAAGGGCAUGGACUCGGGCUACGGUGACGACGAGGCGUACACGGUGUACGAUAAGCCGUGGCGAGAGUCUGGCGGCUUGGGAUCUCAUCUCUACCGUCCAAGCAAAUCCAUCGAUCAAGACGCUUACGGAGCUGAUCUGGAGCGCAUCGUUAACACCAGUCGCUUUGUGCCAGACAAGGAGUUCAGUGGCACUGAUCGGUCGGCGCAGAACGCCAGGCAAGGACCUGUGCAGUUCGAGAAGGAGGAGGAUCCUUUUGGCCUGGAUCAGUUCUUGACCAUGGCCAAGAAGGCGCCAAAACGAGGACAGUCCUCGUCCGCAGAGCACAGCAAGGAUAAGGAUCGGGACAAGAAGCGUCGCAGAGAUUAAAGGAAAUCGUUCAAUGGCCAGGAAUGUUGGAA